AUGAGCGAUACAACGGAGGAAAAACUUGCAAAACUUGUGACGCUUUUCCCAGAUUAUGAGAAAGAAGCGCUUCUGGACAUUUUGGUUAGCUGCAAUGGCUCGAUCCGUGAAGUAACUUUAUUGAUCGAUGGCGAUUAUUCAAAACUCAAGGAAAUAGAGUCACAGAGAAAACGUUUAAAAACAAAGUCACAACAGACCCUUCUCUCGUGCUUUUCUUCUCCUUCUUCAGCUAUAAGCGCAAGGACACUCCCUCGUGGCUCGAAUGGAAAACCAAUUAAUUUGUAUACAAAAUCCGAAAUAGAAUCUUCUCUGCGUUACUGCACUUAUCAUCCCAACAUAUUUCCUGAUCAGCUCGCUGACAGCCUGUUAAAAAUGGGUCUAGAAGACGAUGCUGCAGCCCCCAACGAGUUUUAUCUAUUCGGCAAUAAAUGUGUGUCAAAUCACAAGACAAGAAUAUAUAGCAAUCAACCCAAUGGGUCUUCAAUGAAUUAUAAUGGGAAAAAAGUAAAGAAUGUUGGUGCUUAUACUGAUGAACUUGCAAUGGCACAAGUUAUAAUCGAAGAAACAGUGAACACUGCUUUAGGUAAACGCAAAGUUCUUCCAUUUCAAGUCAAACCUGGUGAUUGGAAUGUGCAAACUGUGCUUUGUAAUAUAUAUGGACGAGAAAGCAAUUUAGAUUGGCAUUCAGAUAGGCUGACACACAUUGGCGCACAUGCAGUGAUUGCUUCGGUUUCAUUAGGUUUUUCGAGAGAGUUCCGUGUGAGAAAGGUAUACCCUACUAAUUCACAAGUUUACAGUAUACACCCGAGCCACAACUCUUUGAUAAUUAUGCAUGCUGGUUUUCAAGAGGAGUAUAAGCAUUGUGUGCCUUUUCUUCCGAAAAGAAGGGCAAUACCUGCAGACGAAAUUCACCCUCUAUCUGGAACAUCAAGAGUAAAUCUUACGUAUCGCAAUUACACGAUGAGCCAAAAUCCUACAUGUGAAAAGUGCGGAUAUCCCAUGGAACUUCGGCGUGCUUUUAAGGAUUCAAAAAACCGGGGAAAAUACUUAUGGCAGUGUGCCAAGAGCUAUACUGAUCAAAACGGAUUCAAAGAAGGUAAUGAAUGUAGAGGCAUGAGAUUCGCGAGGUUGAAUUGUGACCCACCAUACACCAAUGAUGAAAGACUUUGUUCAACCUGGCUUGCUGAUGAUGAUUAUGAGGCCAAGCAGAUUCAGCAAUGA